GAUAUCGGUAUCACGUCCAAAAUGGCAACACAAAUUAGGGAGUAGUGGAUUACUUUUCACCUUCAGUAUUAACAUGUCGAUCUUUAACGCUUAAUUCAAUAUAUUUCAUUAUUUGUUUAAGUAAUCCCUUGCAUUGGGACUUUACCUUGUGCACUGUGCAAAUGGAAUUUUAAAUUGUCUCUGUAAUACCAUCGAAUUCCAACAAUGCAAGGAACACUGAUGGACUUGUCACAUAGCCUGACUCUUAAUGAGGAUGCACUAAAGCAGAUACCAGAACAAAAACGACCGAUUUUUGUUUUCGAAUGGCUCAGGUUUUUAGACAAGGUCCUUAUUGCUGCUCAAAAGAAUGACAUUAAAGAUUGCCAAGGCCGACUUGUCGAGCAACUCAUGAAUUUGUUGCAAGACAGUCCAGGCCCUCCAACAAGGCGGCUCAUUGCACGAUGCAUGGCUACGCUGUUUUGCGUUGGUGAUACAUUCCUCCUUUUUGACACUGUCAACAAAUGUAAUGACAUCUUGAGAAAUAAGGAUGACUCUCCUAGUUUUCUUCCGACCAAACUAGGUGCGAUUCGUUGUGUUGGAGCCAUGUACGAAAAACUUGGAAGAAUGAUGGGCCGGUCUUAUGAAGAAACAGUGCAAAUUCUCGUUAAAUCUCUAAGAAAUGCCGAAUCACAUCUGAGAAUUGAAAUAAUGAACACCCUGGAAAAAGUUUGUUGUGGUAUGGGAAAUGCGAUUGCAAACAUGCACAAGGAGAUUUACAAAGCUGCGAGGCAUUGUCUGACUGAUAGAGUAAUGGUAGUACGAUGUUCCGCUGCAAGAUGCCUUUUAGAGAUGCUGAACCAUGCUGCAUUUCUUUACACUACUGAACUAGAGAGCUUGGCCACUUUGUGCUUCAGAGCUUUGGAUGGGUCAAACUAUGAUGUGCGUUGCAGUGUCGGGCGUCUACUUGGUACACUAAUUGCAAUGACUCAAAUGCCGGAAAAGCAAAAAAACCUUGUACAUAACAACUCUAAACAGCAAAGUGUAACAAAAGGAAGUUGUUUAUCUUUAGAAGAAGCUCUUGGUGUUCUCAUGUCAGGAUUUUUGCGCGGUGGGAAUGGUUUUCUCAAAGGUACCGGUGAAAUAAUAAAAGGUAGCUCAGGUGUCAAUCGAGAAGUCAGAGUUGGAGUGACACAUGCCUAUGUUGUAUUUGUCCAAAUGCUUGGAGGCGAGUGGUUGGAGAGGAACAUGACCCCGUUGUUAACACAUGUUCUAGAGUUGGUUUCAAACCCAAAAGCAGCCUCUUCUCAUGUCGAUGCGGUAUAUUCGAGAAAAUGCAUUAACUUUACAUUACGUUCCACAUUGGGGAAAAUGUUGGGUGAGAAAGCCCAAGCUUCUGCUUGCAAAGAAAUAGCGGCAAUCAUCAAGGCACAAAUGAACUCCAUUGACUUGAGCCUUGAAAACGCUAAAGACUGUAACCAAGAAACUCUAUUUGGACAGCAUUUGGUCGUGUGCGCUCUGCAGGAAAUGGCUUCCCUUAUUUUAUCACUUGGGACAACAGCGAGUAAUCUUGUUUCAGAUCCAGCAAACAACAUUCUUGAUGUGGUCGUAUCUGUUUUGGUUCAUCCAUGCCAAGCAGCAAGGCUUGCAGCUGCUUGGUGUCUUCGUUGCAUUUGUGUUGCCAUUCCCAGUCAAAUAACACCUUUAAUCGAUUUAUGUAUCGACAGUAUUGAGAAUAUGAGAACUUCGCCUGAGGGAAUUUCAGGAUACAGCUUUGCCCUGGCUGCUGUACUCGGUGGAGUUAGGUUGUCACCACUUGGUGUUCCUCACACCAAGGGAAAAGUUAUCUUCAAUACUGCUGAAGAACUGCUCAGAAGUGCUAGUCAAAACAGUCGUCUGUCAUUGAAUCGAACACAAGCUGGCUGGUUGCUUAUUGGUGCCAUUAUGACAUUAGGUGUUCCUGUUGUAAAAGGCCUUUUACCUCGAAUGCUUUUAUUGUGGAGGAAUUCAUUUCCAAGGUCGAACAAAGAAUUAGAAUCAGAAAAAGCAAGGGGUGAUGCUUUUACUUGGCAGGUGACUUUGGAAGGUCGAGCCGGCGCUUUAUCAGCCAUGCACAGCUUUCUACAAAAUUGCCCUGACUUAGUUACAGAUGAAAUUUCCAAGAGGAUAUUAACUCCUGUAGAAUCAGCCCUGGCAAUGCUAACAAGCAUAUCUUCCAUUUUAAAAACUUAUGGCCAGCACUUAAAAGCUCCAGCAGCUAUGGUGAGGUUAAGACUUUACGAGACUCUAACACUUUUACCACCAGGGAUUUUUGAAAAUUCUCUAACACACCUUCUUCGCCUUCUCGUCUCCGAAUUUACCCUCAGUGAAAAUCCGGCAAACACUACAACAUCGUUGCUGCGUACAGCCUGUCAUGCGGACGAUUCCGUCAUCCUGGGGUCUUGGCUACAAGAGACAGAUCAUCGGACGAUUGAAGACCAGAUGGAGCCAAAUAGGAAAGCAGAUGGUGAUUAUUUACAGCCAAAUAGUGCAGCAGGCUCUGGUGCUUUAGAACAUGACUCUUGCUGCUUGUACAGAGCUGUCGGUUCGGAUGAAGUAGUUCCAGGCCCUUUGCCUCUUGGCGUCGCUGUUAUUGAUUGUUCCGUUGUACUCUUUGGCUGCAUCUUUCCUAGAAUCGCCAACAAGCAUAAAGUACAGAUGUUGGACCAUUUCUCAGAAUCGAUUAAAGCUACAAAAUCCUCAAGAGCUGAAGCUUUGACGUUGAAUGUUCUUGCGGCACUUCUGGCAGGUCUCAAAGGAACGACAGAAGUCAAAGCUAGCCUAGGUCAGGAUGAUGUAAAAAAAUCAGCGAUUUCUCUUAUUCUCAAUGCUUUGACAAGCACAUCUCCUAUGCUCAGAUGCGCUGCUGGGGAAUGCUUGGGAAGAUUGGCCCAAGUCAUUGCUGAUCCGAGAACAACAGCUGAAUUAGCGCAGAAUAGUUUUGAUAGAUUAAAAUCGGCCAGAGAUGUCGUCAGUAGAACUGGUCAUUCUUUAGCAUUAGGCUGCAUGCACAGAUAUGUCGGAGGCCUUGGGUCUGCUCAACACUUAAACACUAGCGUCUCAGUUUUGUUAGCGCUCUCUCAGGAUUCGACUAGUCCAAUCGUUCAAGUUUGGUCAUUGCAUGCUCUAUUUUUGAUUGCUGAUUCUGGAGGUCCGAUGUUCAGGGGUUAUGUCGAGCCAACUUUAUCUCUCGCUCUCAAAUUAUUGCUAACAGUACCGCAUUCUCAUGUCGAUGUACAUCAGUGCAUUGGAAAAGUCCUUGGCGCUGUUAUAACAACUGUGGGGCCAGAAUUACAAGGGAAUACAAGCUCAGUGUGCUCAAUGAGAUCGUCACUUUUAUGCGCAUGUGCAAUCAUGCAGGAUCACAGGGAUCCUUUGGUUCAGGCUGAAGCCACAUCGUGUCUUCAGCAACUUCACCUCUUCGCUCCAAGACAUGUGAAUCUAUCAUCACUUGUUCCCAACCUUUGUAUGAAUCUGUCAAGCAACCAUCUGCUUCUUCGUAAAGCUGCUGUUUGUUGCCUUCGACAGUUGACUCAAAGAGAGGCCAAAGAAGUUUGUGAACAUGCCCUUACGCUAGCCAUGGAAUGUAAAGAAAGUGGCAAUCCGGUUGAAGGACUUCUGAUUACUGAAUCUGGUCUUCCGGGUGCUCUUUUUGCAAUGCUUGAUACUGAAACUGAUCCAAGUCUUAUAAAACACAUACAUGAUACACUCACAAGUAUGCUGCAAGUAUUAGCUGUUGACAACCUCACACAGUGGCUAUCACUUUCUAAAGCAGUAUUGACUGUGCAAAUUGAGUCUAUCUCCAACCUAGAAAGUGAUGGAUCUAGCAGAUUGAAUGGAAACAUCGGUGGCUUUCAAGAAGAUGAUGACGACGAAGAGACGGAUGACAGCGAAGAGCUUAAAACCGGGCAAAAGGGGAGUUUAACAAGAACGGCCGUACAGCCGAGAUGGCCAACUAGAGUUUUUUCUGUUGAGUGUAUUAGGAAGAUAAUUGCAGCAUGUAGGCUAGGCCACAGUAGACAUUUUAAUCUUCCAUUAGCAAAAGAGUUAAAUUCAAAUGGCGUGAACAAUUCCCUUGUGCUACACCUUUCUGACCUCGUAAGAAUGGCCUUCAUGGCGGCGACAAGCGAUUGCGACCAACUUCGCCUCGAAGGCCUUGCGACCCUUCAUGAAAUCAUCGAAGCUUUUGCAAACGUUCCUGAGCCAGAAUUUCCCGGUCAUCUACUCUUGGAGCAGUAUCAGGCACAGGUUGGAGCCGCACUGAGGCCUGCGUUCUCAACCGAUACUGCACCGCAUGUAACAGCUGCUGCUUGUCAAGUCUGUUCUGCUUGGAUUGCUUCUGGUGUUGCAAAAGAUCUAAGUGAUUUGAGAAGAGUAGAACAGUUAUUGGUAUCAUCUCUGACCAAACUACAAAGGUCAAACGGAACACGUUUGUUAUACAAUGAAAGUUUACUUACUCUAGAAAGACUUGCGAUACUCAAGGCAUGGGCUGAGGUUUACAUAGUAGCCAUGGUAGGGAACAAUCCUGCAGGAAACAACAUAAACAUAGAUGAUGUUGUAUCUGCGGAAACACAGAUCAAAGUUAACACAUAUAUCAAUUCAACUACUUCAAAUGAAGACGAAGAGAAUGAAGAUUUUGGUGAUUUUGAGUCAGGAGGUGAAUCCCUUCUUGCACUCGUUCAACCAGAGAUCAGCAACUUGUCACAGGCAUGGCUGGCAGCAUUAAAAGACCAUGCGCUUCUCUCAUUGCCACCAGAAUUUGCGAGCCAGUUGCCCCAUGACGGAGGGGCAUUUUAUACAAUGGAUACGAUGGACAGCUGUCGACCGCAUUAUGCAGCAUCAUGGCCACCGCUCCUGCAUGCUGCGUCACUUUGGCUAAAUGCAACACAGUUCAAGGGAGAAAAUGUCCAUGAUAGAUUCCACCUUCUCUUUGGUGUAUGCAUGGAAGCUCUUUGUUCGCCAAGGAUGGUUGAACCUAUUGAAAGCAUUAUUACAUGUCUACAUGCACUUUCAACUCUACUUCAAACGGAAAUGCCUAGACAGCUAUUGAUGUCUGGUAAAACCUUGGGAAUCGAACUUUGUAAUGUUCUUCACAGGCUUUUAUUGACUCGAGAAAACUUGGAAGCUCAACAGUUAGUUAUGGAUAUUUUGGGGCUGGUGAUUAAGGCUGCUCUUGAGGACUUAGAGACUCAGAGGAAAAAUAAACUUGCUGAAAGCACUGAUAUGACUGGUGAGGAUUCAGAAAAUCUCGGUGAAGGAGGAGCUGACGGUAACGAUUUAGAACCAGGGAAAUCGUUAGUUUUUGCAGUUCUAGAAGUAUGCCUGUGCCUACUUGUACAUCAAAUACCGGCACUCAACCCUUCAGUCAAUAGUACAAUGCAGGCUUCAUCUCAGCCUCAGUUCUUUGCGGGACUUUCAGAAGCCAAACUCCAAUUGGUCAACAAAGCUCUCGAUUCAAUGGGAAAACUUCCAGAUUUGUGUUCACCUCUAGGAGCUGCUAACAUUCUUCCAACUGUAUUGUACCUUACGACUGGAGUGUUAAAAGAAGUUGGAUGUAGGCCUUUUGCCGUCUCCACCGGAGAAUUGAGCGGAGUGCUCCACUGUUUACGAGCCGUCUGCUGCCACCCUUAUUCGUUGAACACUAAGACAUCUUCCCAAUGGAAAGCUUUAUUACAGAGCACUCUUGCCAAAAUUAUAGACCUAGCUAAAACAGGCAACGAUAUAAAAGGAGAGGAAAUUAGACUUGAUGAGGUCACAAUGAUGAUGUCUAUAGCAGUUUUUGUACUGCACGCACCACCAGAGGUUGUAUCAGCUCCAAACCUUCAAUACCCAUGUAUAAAUCAUUUCCGAAGGUGUCUUCAGUCUGAAAACAUGAAUGUAAAACUAAAAAGCGUACAGACACUGCGGACCAUAUUUGCAAAUACCGAGAGGACAGUGUGCACAAGUUAUAUCCACGCGCUUGCACCACGUCUGCUCGAUCUGUUACAUACUAAAGCUGCAAAACAGCCAUAUUCAGAAGCCGAAUUGAAGCUAACAUUAGAAACCAUUUUGGCAACAGAGGCCCUGGUUCAUCUCGCCGAACCUAAACAUAGAAUUCAAAUGCUGAAGAUGUUAGUGCCGGAGUUGGUAGAUUGUCUGUUGGAAGGUCCUUCCCUAAAAGAGGCUAACAAAUACUGUAAAUAUCUUCACGACCAGAGCUUGUCCUGGUUAAUGAAAAUUGGUCCUCAAUUUCCACAGGAGUUUAAAACGAUUGUAUCUGAGUCUGCGGAUUUAAGGAGUCGACUCGAGACUGCUAUAAGACGCUCCCAAGAGACUGGACCAAAUCAGAAAAUACAAUCCAACAUGCAACAGCUUACAAACAACAACGAAAUGGCCAAUCACUUACAACAACCGACUAUCAAACUCAAAACGGAUUUUAGGAAUUUCACAUCAUAAACAUCUGUACAAGCUCAAGUACAUAAAUAAAAAUUAACAUUUAUUCCAAAUUUUAUAUUUA